AUGCGAUCUGCAACGAAUUUUUUCUUAUUGAAUCUAGCUGUAUCAGAUUUAAUGUUAUCAAUUAUCUGCAUGCCUCCUACUCUUAUCAGUUCAGUGAUUUAUUGUUGGAUCUUUGGUGAUUUCCUUUGCAAACUUUUCGCAUAUUUACAACCUGUAGCAGUCACUGCAUCUGCAUACACUCUUGCAGCAAUAGCCUUCGAGCGUUAUCAUGCAAUUUGUAGCCCACUUCGUUCUCGCAAUAGAAAAACUCGAUCUCACGCGUAUGCAAUGAUUUCAUUAGUCUGGAUAAUUGCGUUAUCUGCAAAUAUUUUUAUGUUAUUUAUGUAUGAAGAAAAAAAUUAUAAAAAUGGUCUCACCUGUGCACCAAAACAGCGACCACUCUUUCAUUUUUUGUACCAGGUAAAUGCUUCUCUUAUUAAAAGUUAUUUUAAAUUUGUCGUUAAAAUAUGCGUUAUCUAA